GACAGAACAUGUGACGUCACGGUGAUCCGCCAGCAACCCAAGAAAUAAUUUUGACGUAUUUAUCUUUUGUGAUUUGGGCAAAUGUAAGCCGUAAUAAUGGCAGAUUUCUUUAAGUCAGCCUUUGGAUAUUUAAGCGGCGGGCAGGGCCGCAUAGAUAGUGAUUUCGUAGGGCAGAGUGUCGAGUUGGGAGAUCAGAAAUUGCGAGUAAAGAAAGUGAUAGCAGAAGGUGGCUUUGCCUUUGUGUUUGUUGCCCAGGACAUCAGCAGUGGGAAGGAGUAUGCCCUCAAGAGGCUACUUGCGAAUGAUGAGGAGAAGACAAAGGCCAUCAUGACAGAGAUCAGAUUUCUUAAGAAACUGUCUGGCCACCCACACAUAGUUCAGUUCAUCACUGCAGCAGCUAUAGGGAAGGAAGAGUCUGACCAUGGCCAGCAUGAAUACCUCCUGCUCACCGAGCUGUGUUCAGGUGGUGAACUAGUACACAUUCUGAAUGCACGUUCCACCCCUCUGCCCUGUGACCAGGUGCUGAAGGUGUUCUACCAGACUUGUAAGGGUGUGCAACACAUGCACAAGCAGAAACCACCCAUAGUGCACCGGGAUCUCAAGAUUGAGAAUCUGCUGGUGAGCGCCCAGGGUCUGAUCAAGGUGUGUGACUUUGGCAGUGCCACAACUGAGACUUACAUGCCAGACAACUCAUGGUCAGCUAUCAAGAGGAGCCUAGUGGAAGAUGAGAUUGCUAAGAACACAACACCUAUGUACCGAGCCCCUGAGAUGCUGGACCUGUACCAGAACUUCCCUAUCAACGAGGCAGGCGACAUAUGGGCACUGGGUUGUGUCCUAUUCAAGCUGUGUUUCAUGGACCAUCCGUUCGAAGACUCUGCCAAACUAAGGAUCAUCAAUGCCAACUACAGCAUCCCUGACACGGACACAGAAUACUCAGUGUAUCAUGAUCUUAUCAGAGCCAUGCUGCAAGUGGACCCGACUCAGCGGCCAGAUAUAUCGGACAUCAUUGACCGCCUGCAGGCAAUUGCUGCAGCCAGGAGAGUCAACCUAAAAGAAGCACUGCAGAUUGGAGAUGUAACAGUUGCGACCAGUCAAGAACCUGCAUCAAGACCUCCUGUGAACAACCUGGGGACUCCACAGAGGUCAGCACCAUCACCUGCCCAGUCCAGUGCCACAGCCCUCUUCUCCAGUCUCAGAGGUGGUGCAGGCAGUCUAGUGAAGAACAUCAAGGAUGCUUCCAGCAAGGUCAUGGAGACUGUAUCAGCAACAAUGAACAAAUCAGAUCUUGACUUUUCCUACAUCACGUCCAGACUCUCAGUGAUGUCGUAUCCAGCAGAAGGCGUGGAGUCAGCCAUCAAGAACCAUAUAGAUGAUGUACGGGCCUUCCUGGAGAAUCGGCACCGAAACUCAUAUGCUGUCUAUAACCUGUCACAAAGAUCAUAUAGAGUGGCCAAAUUUGAAAAUAGGGUGUCUGAAUGUGGCUGGGUUCAGAAGAAGGCUCCAACACUAGCUAACCUGUUUGCCAUAUGCAAGAACAUGCACCUUUGGUUACGCCAAAACCCCAAGAACAUCUGUGUUGUCCACUGUCUGGAUGGUAAGGCCCAGUCGGCAACAGUCGUUGGAGCAUUGCUGGUGUUCUGUCGCCUGUUUGACAGCGCUGAGUCAGCACUACAUAUGUUCACUGCUCGCAGGCUGGCCCCAGCUGUCUCACCAUCUCAGAAAAGGUACAUCAACUACAUCAGUGAGAUGGUGUCUGAUGAAGAAGUGAAGCCCCACAGCCGUCCUGUGAUGCUGGCCCAGCUGGUCAUGUCACCAGUGCCCCUCUUCAACAAGAUGAAGAAUGGCUGCACACCCUUUGUGGAGGUUUACGUUGGUGAUGACCGUGUGUUGACCACUUCCCUGGAGUAUGAGCGUAUGAGACAGUUCACUACUGAGGAUGGAUCAUGUCGGGUGCCACUUAACGCGUCCUGUACAGGAGAUGUGACUGUUGUCGUCUAUCACGCGAGAUCAACAUUUGGAGGCAAGAUCCAGGGAAAGAUCACCUCCAUGAAGAUCUGUCAGCUGCAGUUCCACUCUGGUUUCAUUGCUCCAGGCACCAAAACUCUCAAGCUGUCACAGUAUGAGCUGGACCAGAUGGACACCCCUGACAAGUACCCAGACUUGUUCUCUGUCACGUUGGAGCUGGCUGUAUCACCAACCGAUCGACCGCAGGCAGAAAAGCAGUAUCCUUGGUUUAAGUUCAGUACAGAAAAACUCACCCCCAGAAUUCUGUUUUCUGGGAAGGAUGAAUUGCAUCAGGCAUUAUCCGAGUUCGGUGCUUCAGAAAGAGCCAAAUCUCGUUUAAGUCGAACAUCUAGCUUGAACUCCGAGAGUCCAUCAGACAGCCCUCUUCAUCAACCAUCAACACCUAGUAAGAAACCGGCAGUAACGCCAGAGACUGCCCGUAAACAGGCCAGUGAGCCCAAGAGUCAGUCCCACUUCUUCACAACACUUGACUGGGAUACUAAUGUUCAAGCUGAAUCAGGGGAAGCUGUAGAGCCCCGCCAGCCCACAGAAGUAGAAAUCCGCCUACUAGAUGCUAGUGAUGAUGAAGAUGAUGACUUUGUGUCUCUGUCUCGGGACCGUGCAGGAACUCAUAGUAGCAAUGGUAGUGACAAUGUGGAGGCACCUCAAUCCCAGAAUGCAGACUUCUUUAGUGAUUUCAGUGCUCCAGCAUCAAGUGAUGCUACUGCAGAUUUACUGAACAUGAACAGUACAGGUUCGAAACAAAAUGAUCCUGUGACUGACCAGAUGGACCUACUGAAUAUGGGUAGUGAUCCAACUAACUUUGACUUACUCGGUGGCUCUGCAGAAGUAGAUCCCUCCAAUAACCAGUCUUCUAACAUCCAGUUUGGAAACACUUUUGAUCCUUUCCAAGAAAUGGCAUCACGUCAAAAACCUGCAACUAACAGUUCUGGUAAUACAGAUUCUUUUGGAAGCUUUGACCCUUUCCAAAGUUCAGCCCCAACUGUAGAGAAUGGAGGUGGUGGAAGCUUUGACCCUUUCCAAAGUUCAGACCCAACUGUGGAGAAUGGAGGCGGUGGACCAGCUUCAGAUGAUUUUGUUAGUUUCAUGGAAAAUCCAAAUCAAACAGCUGGAGAUCCAAAUGAUUUAAUGGGCAACUGGGAUGCCAGCAACAUUCUCCAGAGUGGUGGCAGUAACAGCAACAUUCCCAAACCUGCCAAUGCUGGUGGAAUGGGCAUCGGCAUGUCCAAGAGCCACAGUUCUUCCUUCCCACAGCAAGCUGGCAUGGCUGCCCCAAUGUCUGCGUCUCAGGGUGCAGGCAUCGGAGCCGUGCCUAAGGCAGAUCCAUUUGCUGAUCUAGGAAAGUUGUCUGGCAUGAAAGGUAGCAGUAGUCAUGGUAACUUCAAGAGUCAGCAGCCAAUGGGAAGUAUGCCUUCAGCCAGACAGCAGCCAGGCCCAAAGCAGAAUUCACCAGCAUUUGGAGGUCCAGGAUCAAUGAACUGGCAAAGUGGCCGAUCCUCCCCAUUGCAUCAGCAGCACCAGACACAACAACAACAACAACAGCAGCAGCAACAACAACAGCAGCCUUUUGCUAAACCAAACUACAGCGCCAGUGUUAUUGGUGGAAGAGAGGACCGUGGGACUCGAAAAAGUUUUGGACCUAAACCAAAGGUGUCAACAAAUGCUUUUGAAGAUCUCCUAGGCCAGCACCAGUUCUCAAAGAAAGAUAAUGAAGGUGCUAAAACUCUUGGGGACAUGAAGAAGGAAAUUAUGGCUGAAUGCAUGGACCCUGAGAAACUUAAGGUUCUGGAAUGGUCCAAAGGGAAGGAGAAGAACAUUCGGGCACUGUUGUGUUCCCUCCAGAACGUCUUGUGGGAUGAAGAGAAGCGCUGGAAGCAGUGCGGCAUGCACGAGCUCGUCACAGCAGACCAAGUCAAGAAAGUGUACAGGAAGGCUGUGCUCUCCGUUCACCCAGACAAACUCACUGGCUCUCCACAUGAAAAUCUGGCAAGGAUGAUAUUCAUGGAACUCAGUGAAGCUUGGGCCCAGUUUGAAGAAGAAGGAAUGAAGUCAUUAUAUUGACAUGAAUGAUAUUAGGAGAUUAUCAAUUUAAGACACCUAGAAAACAUUCAGGAGCAUGAAAAUAUCCAGGCUAGCUUCAUAUGUUUCUACCACCUAGUGUUAUCACUCCCUCGUUUCUACUGCUGCCACUAGUCGAGGAAAGAGCACAAGACGGACAGACUGAGAUGUUGGAUGUUCAAAACAAGUGGCUGGUGCAAAAGGCAGCAGGAGACUGGCAUCUAGGUUGAGUCUUGUGUAGAUAUGUUACUGAUACUGUGUAGUCACUGAGGAACAGUACUGUAGAUGAAGUGCUUCAGUGGGAAUCUGGAUGACAGUCGAAUUGUGCAAUAAUCAAAUCAGGACAACAGAGGAAGAUGAAGAGCCAGCUACCAGUGCAAAUAGAUGUAGAAACUCAUAUAUUUCUGGGCUGUGAUUAGGACAUGUUUAAUUUAUUGUUAAAGUGUGACAGAUCAUGCAAUCAUUUAGUAUUGCAAAGUUAGGUUUAGAUAGUUAAUACAGUUUGGAGAUACAAAAAUGUAACACUGAAUAGUUCUUCUGUUGACAAAAUAUUCUUAAAACAUGUUUGUUAGGGUGCUUUGUGCCACAUGUAUCAUAUCAUGAGGUUGUGUGUGCAUAAAGAGUGAUUGUAUAUCAUUUAGCAUUGGUGAGUAUAAACUUGUCAACCAGUAUUUUAGCUUACCAAUUAACAGCAGGUCAGCACUAGCUGUGAUGUUAUGUAUCUAUGAGAUUAAUAUCGGACAUCUUUCUGGCUGCUGAGAAUGUAGUAUUGGAAAACUGAUUUCAUCUUAUCUAUCUGAAUGUGAACCAUUGUGCAUGGUCAGGAUUCAUGGUAUAAAAAUAUUUAUUACAAAAGCAGAUUUGUUAUUAGCAAAUUACAUGUCGUCAAAGUUCAAUGUGUUUCAGUAACCAGUAGGUGAAGGUAGUCAUGCCCUUUAGCAAUGGACCAUGUUGUGAAUUUGAUCACGACCUCUCAAGUUUCAUAUCAUAUUGCAACGUGUAUUGUUAAAGCCCAGUUUGAAUUAGCUUUUACUUUCACGAUUGUGACAUAUCCAGUGUAUUGGUCCUUGUAACAUGUCAAGGAUUCCGAGGUUUGCAGUGCACGUUUUCAGCAUCCUUAGUCACCUUCGGGCAUUGUCAUCUCAAGCUGACAUGUUGCUUUUCGCAACUGUCAGAGAUGAGUUGUUCCCCGCAUUAGCUGUGACAGAAGUCUGAGCUUGCAUGAUUACUUAAUGUUAUGUUAAAGUAGUUUUUACCACCCAGCAACAUGAGAACAAUCCUACAAUGGGACCAAGUUGUUUGUUUGUUGUUUCAACAACAUUCCAGGUUUGUGCUAAUACCAAAUGUAUUGUCAAGGUCACAUACAAAUACCUAGUGGGAAUAUUUCAUUGUCAACAUCACAUGGAUUCUUCUGAGAGCAUGUAUUGUUUUUGUUGUACAACAUUGUAACAUCAUUUUCCCCACUUGAUCAUACUAAUUGACAGUAUUUUCAACACAUCGAUUAUUUUGUGUAAUGAAAAUCAACCAAAUGUUUUAUUGAAGUAAUUACCAUUCCUAUCAAUGGCCCUAUUGCUGUGUCCAGUGUUUGUUGGAAUGUAGCAGUGUUGAGCCAGCAGAUGGUGCAUGUAGAUAUUUGUCAGCUGUAGAUUCAUUCUCUGGUAUUGGUAUUUAGGGGCAUUUAUUAGAACUUUGGAACAAUAUAGAAUAUCUUUGAAAUGCUGAUGUCACUGUGAAUGGAAAUAUUUGGCUGGUAGGCAAUCACUUGUGCGCAAGGAUUGAUAGGAACUACACACACACACACACACACACACACACACACACGCCUCCCACCUUAUGUUCAAGUUCAGUGUGCCAGGGCAACUGGAUGCUUCGUGUCAUGCUUGUGUGCAAUUAUUCUCCACUAUGAUGCUUUCUCUUGGAAUGUUAUCUUUGUAUAUUUUAAAUUGUCUUUACAUGUUUUAUUUCUGUGUACGCUAUAAAUAGAGAAACCUUAUGUGAACAGUUUGUCUGUGAGUUUUAGAUCAUUCAACAGUCAUGUUGACUCCUAGCAGAACCAAACUGUAUCAGUUCAUCUCAAUCAAAUACAUUCCUAAUAAUUCAGCUUUGAAAACUGCAGCUUUUCUUCAUGUUGAAUGUAGGCAUCGCUACCCUCUCUGUCUUGCACAGAUACUGGGGCUGCUUCAGUAGAAGCCGAUUCUCCAGGUAACCUAUGCAGUGUUUUAUCAAGCAGUAUUCCCUACCACUGUCUGUAUAUAGAGCAGGUAUCACCGAUCAUAUAAGCAUCCAAUGACUUAUUUUUAGACUACAUUGUAUAUGAUUUCUUUUAUUUCUUAUGCCAUCCAGCUGUCCCUUGCUCAUUUAUCAUAUAAAUUUAUUUGGACAUUAUGAUGAGUUGGAGACAUGUGAUAUCCUUGUAUCUGUACCUAGUCUCCUGUCUGUUUUACCAAUGUUUUCAGGAACGUUAUUAUAAUCCCAUGAUAUGAAGAAUGACUGUUACUGUUACAGCACUGUUAUUGUUUAUGACUUCAGAGCUAUCUUAUCAGUGGCUACAUGAGAAUCAAUUGGGUUCCAUCUCAAUUUCUUCAGUCUAAACCAACCAUACUUUGAUCUCUUUUCUGUGAAAUCAUGCUAGGUUGUGUUUGCUAACUGCACAAGCUGUACCUCAAGUUGACCCACAGUGAGGCAAGUUAUCCAUAACAUCAAGAAGCCAGAUCUUCCCCCAGGUUUUAGUGUGCCUGCUAGGUCGUGUUAUGAAUAUAGAGAUGUCCUGUGAUUACAGUCACUCAUCUAUAUGGGUUAUCAUUCUUAGGUAUUGCGCAUAUUUUUAACACAAAUUCUUCUGUCUUUUCAAAAUUUCAAAUUUGACAUUUUAUUGGUGUUAGUGCAGGAAGCAAUGGCUGUCCAAGGGUUAAAUGUACUAUACUUUAACAUGACCUUGAGGCACUUACUUUGUGAAUGUGUUUGUUUUCAAAUAAUCUCAAUUGAAAUGGCUCAGUGGACUUGUGCAGGAAGAGCAAGUUGUGUGUGUUCGUAAUGGGAGGCAGCUGAACUGUAUGGCAGACAAGUCUUAAAAAAAAGGGGGCUUCAAUUGUCAAGGCAACUGGAUUGCUGUUGGAAAACCUGGAGAUUUAUUGACAGACUGUCCACUGUGAUGUAUAUUUAUUGUUGACAAUUAGGAGACACGUUAUAUGCAGCAUGUGAUGUUUAUGAGAACAUCUUAGCCAAAAUUUGUUGUGCUGUAUCAAUACCAAUAAGAAAUAUAGAUAUAACAUUGUUUUAAACCAUAAAAGGAGAGUAUGCAUAAUGAGUACUAUCAUAGAAAUAAAUGAUGUAACAGUU